AUGGGCCAGUUCCUCUCGUCGCCAUCCAAGUCGGGGAACCGAAUUCUUCCCCGUAAAACCGAGCACGACAUAACCGAGUCAACUUCAGACUUGGGUCAUCCCCAGACGGUCGUCGAUGGUCUCCCCGUAUUGAAGAAAGCCAAGGGCCACUACUGGUACCCUACCAAGGGUCCCAAGAUCCUCGAUGCUUGUGGGGGGGCCGCUGUGGCCUGCCUCGGACACGGCCGUCGGGACAUUGCCAAAGCAGUGACGGCCCAGAUGGAGUCGUACACGUACGCUUCCUACGCCCAUUUCCAGACCACACCCGUCCAGGAGCUUUCAGACUGGCUCAUUAAGAGCACCGGCGGCCAGAUGCAAAAAGUCUAUGUCAUGUGCUCCGGCUCCGAGGCGAUAGAAGCGGCUCUAAAACUCUCCGUCGAGUACUUUCGCUGGAAAGGCGAGCCCGAACGUGUGAACUUCAUCGCCCGCCUCGACUCCUACCACGGCACCACGCUAGGGUCCCUCUCCGUAUCAGGCCACCACGCCCGCCGCGCCCCCUUCCACCCACUCCUCUCCCCCGCCCACUUCCACCACAUCCCCGCCUGCAACCCCUACCGCGAAGAAGACACCACCACCCCCCCCACAACAUCCCCAUCCGCCUACCUCGCGCACAAAACCGCCCAACUCGAAGCCGCCUUCACCCACCUCGGCCCGCACACCGUCGCGGCCGUGGUGCUCGAGCCCGUCGUCGGCGCCGCCCUCGGCUGCAUGCCCGCCCCCGCCGGCUACCUGGCCGCCAUGCAGGCGGUGUGCGCGCGCCACGGCGCCCUGCUGGUGCUGGACGAGGUCAUGUGCGGGAUGGGACGGACCGGGUGGACGCAUGCCUGGCAGGGGGAGGGGGAGGGGGAAACUCUUUCUGGGGAGGGGAUGGGGAUGGGGGUGGUGCCGGAUCUGCAGGCGGUGGCGAAGGGGUUUGCGGGCGGGUACGUGCCGGCGUCGGCGCUGUUGGUCGGCGGGAGGGUGGCGGGGUUGAUGGAGCGGGAGGGGAGGGUGUUUACGCAUGGGCAUACGUACCAGAAUCAUCCUGUGGUGGCGGCGGCGGCGCUGGCGGUGCAGCGGGCGGUGGAGAGAGAGGGUUUGUUGGGGAAUGUGCGGGUGCAGGGGGAGCUGUUGGGGAGGUUGUUGCGGGAGCGGUUGGGGACGCAUCUCAAUGUGGGGGAUGUGAGGGGGAAGGGGUUGUUUUGGGGCGUGGAGUUUGUGAAGGAUAGGGGGACCAAGGAGUCUGUUUGA